AGAGGGAGCUUGUCUGUUGUGUGUGUGAGAGAGAAGAGAGACAGAGGGAGAGAGAUUGAUGCAAUAUAGUUAGAGCGAGACUCGCAGAGAGAGAGAGAGAGAGAGAGAGGGGUGGGGAAGGGGGUGUACAAAGAAGGAGAAGGCUGGAGCAUGUAAAGGUUGGCCAUGCUGAGGCAGCUCAUCGGACAAGUUGAAGAGCUCUUGGAACUAUACGGUUCUCCUCUUCCUCCUCGUUUUCUUCAUUUUCAAGCUCACACUCAACAACUGAUUCAACCACCGCCACCACCGCCACAACAACAGCACAGAUGGUGCCUUUUGAAUCUAGAUGAUAGCUCCUCAGAGGACAGUUGCUACAGUUUCAUUAUGAGGACCGGAAAAACUGGAUAUUCCAAGAUGUUGGAGCCUGGCAAACCUCCACCCACAAAGAAAGCUCGAAAGGAGCGGAAUCGCAAAAAAUAUGCUGGAUCUGCUUACUCCACUGAAAAUAUGGAACAGCAGAUUUGGAAAGAAUUCCCAGAAGAUCUUUUUGAAGCUGUCAUUGCAAGAGUUCCGAUCGCCACAUUCUUCCGCUUCCGUUCAGUUUGCCGGAAGUGGAAUUCGUUGCUGACUUCUCAGAGUUUCUCCCAGCAGUGUGCCCAAGUCCCACAAGCCCAACCCUGGUUUUACACCAUUACGCAUGAGAAUGUGAAUACUGGAGCCAUGUAUGACCCUACCUUAAAGAAAUGGCACCACCCUACUGUACCUGCUUUGCCAACAAAGUUAAUUGUCUUGCCAGUUGCUUCAAGUGGGGGUCUUGUCUGUUUUCUGGACAUUGGACAUAGGAGCUUCUAUGUAUCCAACCCUCUUACCAAAUCUUUCAAAGAGUUGCCGGCUAGGUCAGUGAAGGUCUGGUCCCGUAUUGCUGUUGGGAUGACUCUAAAUGGGAGAUCAACUUGUGGGGGCUAUAAGAUCCUUUGGGUUGGCUCUGACGGAGAGUAUGAAGUCUAUGACUCCACAAAGAAUUAUUGGACACGUCCAGGGAGCAUGCCUUCAAGCAUUAAGCUUCCGCUGGCCCUGAACUUCAGGUCGCAAGCAGUGUCCAUUGAUAGUACACUCUCCUUCAUGCGUUCAGACCCAGACGGAAUUAUAUCCUAUGACAUGGUAACUGGGGUCUGGAAGCAGUUUAUCAUCCCAGCCCCCCCACAUCUCAGUGACCAUACACUGGCAGAAUGUGGGGGGCAGAUCAUGCUUGUGGGCCUGCUGACAAAGAAUGCUGCCACAUGUGUGUGCAUAUGGGAGCUGCAGAAGAUGACCCUUUUAUGGAAGGAGGUUGACAGAAUGCCAAACGUAUGGUGCUUGGAGUUUUACGGAAAGCACGUUAGGAUGACUUGCUUGGGUAACAAAGGUUUACUUUUGCUGUCGCUGAGAUCUAGACAAAUGAAUCGACUAGUCACCUAUAAUGUAACAAGCAGGGAAUGGUUGAAGGUUCCUGGCUGUGUGCUGCCCCGGGGGAGAAAGCGGCAGUGGAUUGCAUGCGGCACUGCAUUUCAACCGUGUCUGACGGAAAUGGCUUGAUUUU